GAGCGGAGCAGAGCAAUGCCUAAAUCAAAGGAACUUGUUUCUUCAAGUUCUUCUGGCAGUGAUUCUGAGAGUGAGGUUGACAAAAAGUUAAAGAGAAAAAAGCAAGUUGCUCCAGAAAAACCUGUAAAGAAGCAAAAGACUGGUGAAACUUCCAGAGCUCUGUCAUCUUCCAAACAGAGCAACAGCAGCAGAGAUGACAAUAUGUUUCAGACUGGGAAAAUGCGGUACGUUAGUCCCGGCUGUGUUUGGGACUUUAAAGGGAAAGUUCUAAUUGAUGUUAGAGAAUAUUGGAUGAACCCAGAAGGUGAAAUGAAGCCAGGAAGAAAAGGUAUUUCUUUAAAUCCGGAGCAGUGGAGCCAGCUGAAGGAAAAGAUUUCUGACAUUGAUGAUGCAGUAAGAAAACUGUAAAAUCCGAGCC